GCGCGCCGGGCGGCAGGUGUCGGCGGCGUAGGCAUUCGGCGGCGAUGGAGCGGCCCGGGGCAGCUGCGGACGGCCUGUCGCGCCGGCCCCACGGCCUCGGUCUCCUCCUCCUCCUCCCGCUGCUACCACUGGCGACACUCGGCCAGGACCGGCUGGACGCGCCGCCGCCGCCCGCUGCGCCGCUGUCGCACUGGCCCGGCCCCGUCGGGGUGAGCUGGGGGCUGCGCGCGGCCGCGCCCGGGGGCCUGUUUCCCCGCGGCGGCCGUUGGCGCCGCAGCGCGCCCGAAGAGGACGAGGAAGAGGGCUGCGACCGGGUCCCGGACUUCGUCGCCAGGCUGGGCAACAACACGCACCAGCAUGUGUUUGAUGAUCUCAGUGGCUCAGUGUCCUUGUCCUGGGUUGGAGACAGCACUGGGAUCAUUCUAGUCUUGACCACCUUCCAUGUACCACUGGUAAUUAUGACUUUCGGACAGUCCAAGCUCUAUCGAAGUGAGGACUAUGGAAAGAACUUUAAGGAUAUUACAAAUCUCAUCAAUAACACCUUCAUUCGCACUGAAUUUGGCAUGGCUGUUGGUCCUGAAAACUCUGGAAAGGUGAUUUUAACAGCAGAGGUGUCUGGAGGAAGUCACGGAGGAAGAAUCUUCAGAUCAUCAGAUUUUGCAAAGAACUUUGUUCAAACCAAUCUCCCUUUUCAUCCUCUGACUCAGAUGGUGUAUAGCCCUCAGAAUUCUGAUUAUCUUUUAGCUCUCAGCACUGAAAAUGGCCUGUGGGUGUCCAAGAAUUUUGGGGGAAAAUGGGAAGAAAUCCACAAAGCAGUAUGUUUGGCCAAAUGGGGAUCAGAAAACACCAUCUUCUUCACCACCUAUGUGAAUGGCUCCUGCAAAGCUGACCUUGGGGCACUGGAAUUAUGGAGAACUUCAGACUUGGGGAAAAGCUUCAAAACCAUUGGUGUGAAAAUUUACUCAUUCGGUCUUGGGGGGCGUUUCCUUUUUGCUUCUGUGAUGGCUGAUAAGGAUACAACAAGAAGGAUUCAUGUGUCAACAGAUCAAGGGGACACGUGGAGCAUGGCCCAGCUCCCCUCCGUGGGGCAGGAACAGUUCUAUUCUAUUCUAGCGGCUAAUGAUGACAUGGUGUUCAUGCAUGUAGAUGAACCUGGAGAUACCGGAUUUGGCACCAUCUUUACCUCAGACGAUCGAGGCAUUGUCUAUUCCAAGUCCUUGGACCGACAUCUCUACACCACCACAGGUGGCGAGACAGACUUUACCAAUGUGACCUCCCUCCGCGGGGUCUACAUAACAAGUGUGCUCUCAGAAGAUAAUUCUAUCCAGACCAUGAUCACGUUUGACCAAGGAGGAAGGUGGGAGCACCUACAGAAGCCCGAAAACAGUGAAUGUGAUGCCACAGCAAAGAAUAAGAAUAAGUGCAGCCUUCAUAUUCAUGCUUCCUACAGCAUCUCCCAGAAACUAAACGUUCCAAUGCCCCCCCUCUCGGAGCCUAAUGCUGUCGGCAUAGUCAUUGCCCACGGUAGCGUGGGGGAUGCCAUCUCAGUGAUGAUCCCGGAUGUGUAUAUCUCAGAUGAUGGGGGUUACUCCUGGGCGAAGAUGCUGGAAGGACCCCACUAUUACGCCAUCCUGGAUUCCGGAGGCAUCCUGGUGGCCGUUGAGCACAGCAGCCAUCCGAUCAAUGUGAUUAAGUUUUCCACAGAUGAAGGUCAGUGCUGGCAAACCUACAUGUUCACCAGGGCACCCAUCUACUUCACCGGCCUGGCUUCAGAGCCUGGAGCAAGAUCCAUGAAUGUCAGCAUCUGGGGCUUCACAGAACCCUUCCUCACUCGGCAGUGGGUCUCCUACACCAUUGAUUUCAAAGAUCUCCUCGAAAGGAACUGUGAAGAGAAGGACUACACCAUAUGGCUGGCUCACUCCACCGACCCCGGGGAUUAUGGAGAUGGCUGCAUUUUAGGCUAUAAAGAACAGUUCCUACGACUGCGCAAGUCAUCCGUCUGUCAGAAUGGUCGGGACUAUGUUGUGACCAAGCAGCCAUCCGUCUGUCUCUGCUCCCUGGAGGACUUCCUCUGUGAUUUUGGCUACUUCCGUCCAGAAAAUGACUCCAAGUGUGUGGAACAGCCAGAGCUGAAGGGCCACGACCUGGAGUUUUGUCUGUAUGGCAGAGAGGAGCACCUGACAACAAAUGGGUACCGGAAAAUUCCAGGAGACAGAUGCCAAGGUGGAGUGAAUCCAGUUCGAGAAGUAAAAGACUUGAAAAAGAAAUGCACAAGCAACUUUUUGAGUCCAGAAAAACAGAAUUCCAAGUCAAAUUCUGUUCCAAUUAUCCUGGCUACGGUGGGAUUGAUGCUGAUCACAGUCGUAGCAGGAGUGCUCAUUGUGAAGAAAUACGUCUGUGGGGGAAGGUUCCUCGUGCAUCGGUACUCGGUGCUACAGCAGCACGCAGAGGCCAAUGGCGUGGACGGGGCAGACACUCUGGACGCAGCCUCCCACACUCAUAAGAGUGGUUAUCAUGACGACUCGGAUGAGGACCUCCUGGAAUAGCUCCUCAAAGAAGCGGGAUCGAGCAUGGAUGAUGGAACCGCAGUACCUCUUACACUCCCUGUGGCUCUGACGUGGGGAAAUAAAUUUCCCAUUGCGAGGGACCCAGCUCUGUUUCUGCUGCUUCCGUCAAAGCCAGAAGGACCUCCACUAAAGAAAUGCAGGGGGUGGGGUGGGGGCAAAACCCUAAACACUCUUGCAAUUGGCUCUGAGAAGAGGGGAAAUUUUCAGUUCUUUAGCCUCUUAUUUCAAGUUCUAUCUCUGCAAAGUAUGGGCUUUUUUCUUUCUGUUUUUGUUUUUUAAGGGAAAUGAAAUGGAAUUUGAAGGGAACGCUUCACUAAUCCCACUCUUGCAUGUUUUGCCUGGUGCCUGCCCCAGGGCAUCUGCCAGCUCCAGCAUCACAAAGUGCUCAGUGCUGUCCCUGGGCUCUGGUGGUGACACAAAGCAGCUGCAGAGCCGAACACAGAGGCUGCAGUGACCUGUCUCCGUCUGGGGACAGCCGUGCUCCAAGAACGUUGCAUACCAGCUCCUCACACAAAUCCCGCUUUUCUUUUUUUUUCAGGGACCAUAGAUCACAGUGAUUUUUCUUUUCCCUGUUUAAGCAGGCAGUACCCUUGUUAAUUGCCCUUUGGUGACUAACUUAACCAUGUGCUUCCAAGACAGUAAAUCAGGAAAACUUAAAGGGCAAUAUCUUUGACUUCGGGCAGGAAGAAGGGAGCAGCAGAGAACUGAGUAGAUACAGCACCUAUUAAAGGAGGAAUUCUUCCUUCUUCUGCCAUCUUUCAAGCCACGCUUUGUGUGUGUGCCAGUGCACUCGCUGAGGACAGGGUUCAGGCUUGCCCUGGCUGUCUGCCCAGCUGAGUGAUCUCUUCCCUAGAGCCGAUGGUGGCAUGUACGGUUCAGGCCCCAAGGACGGAACAUAGAGUCUUCCAUAUGCCUUUCUACCUGCUGUGUUGGCCCUUUGGUGAACGACUAGAAUGGCUGCUUAUAUGCUUCCCCUUAGGUGGCUAUUGUUCAUGGAGCCAAGACCAGACAUGUUUUCAGAUUCAUAGGCUGUCUUUAAAAAUCAGAAUUUUAUUACCAGGCUCUCCUUGUCACCUCUUUUUCCCAGCUUUGCCAAGUAAUGUAUUGGCAUGAAACUUGGCUGAACCAACUGAAAACUUCCAGUGUAGAUGAUGUUUUGUGUGAUACGUUAAGUUCAUAUUUUAAAUUUAAGUGAGUUUUCCGUUUGACAUUUUUUCAAAUAUAGAAUAUAGUAAGGUGGAUUUUUGGGUGGCCAUAUAGUAAUGGAAAGCUGCAAUAAUUCAUUUUAACACAGCUUGAAUAUUUGCUAUACAGGGAUAUAGUAGAGUACAUUUUUGGUCUUAGCAUACCAACUGUGCUGGUCACAGUUUCUCCCAAUAAUUAUGAUUGGGACUUUCUUUGGUAACUGCCAUUUUGCUGCUAGUUCAUUUUAUGGCUAGAAAAUCAGUAAAAAGUAAAAGUGCCAAAUUAGCUUUUGUCAGAAUGCAAGAGCAGAUGACCAAAUUCUCUCCUCACCAGAAUAGAUUAACAGCAGCAGGGAAAGUGGGGGAGGGAGUGGAUGGAGAAUUUAGAGACUCUGAAACUGCGGUAAAAUUAAAUGAAUCAGGGAGCUUCAGUUAGUAAAUAAAGUUAGGGCAGGUUUUGUGAAGAGAAUUAAUAUUUGUUAGAGCCAGAGAACACUAAUCUUUUAGGAAAAGCGCAUUCAUUUUCAUCGUUUUUAAGUUAAAAAUAAUUCCAAAGAUUAACCAGCUCACAAGUGAUCCAAUGUCAGCCUCUGUCCUGGACACCCUCCCCUCCUGCCCGAAGUGAAUUUGAUGCCCAGACGAGACCUACUUACGCUUCCACCUUUGCUCUCAGCAUGUACUCACUGGGUAGGUGUGCCGAUACGUGUUGGUUCUCUCAUCAGUUUUAAGAUGGAAAGUUAAUAUUCUCCAACCAUAUAAGAAUAGGGCUCUUUGUUUGGAGUGAAUCUGGGAUUUUCAGAUCACUUUCACUUGCAUUAUGUCAUUUGAACCUCACAACAUUCUUGUGAGGUUAAAAACAGGCAGGGUUUGUAAUCUCGUUUUUUUAGGAGAUGGAGCUGAGGUACAAAAAUGGAGUAGAUUGUCCACGGUCUUUGGUGUGUUACGAGCAAUCCUGGUUGGUUGUCUUCAGGGCUCAUGAGCAUUUUUAUGCGUGCAAGUGCUGCAUACCUGGGGCAGGGAUCAGUGGCAUUUGUCUCUGAGCAGCAUUUAGCGCCCUCUUGCCACCUUGGUAAACAGAAAAUUGUAUUCUCCUGUUCGUCAUGGCUGAAAACAAAAGUGAUGAUACUUUUGAAUAUGUGAUUAGAAACUGCCUCUCACCUCACUGAGGGUCACUGUUCCAAGAGUGCAGGAGUGGAAACUCCAGUCUCCUCCAUUCCUGUCCCUGGCUGGCUAAGCUUGCUCGGUUGGUUUGAGGACUGCUAGCAAGCGUGACUCAUUCCGUGUCUGCAUCAGCCUGCUUGCUCACAAGUGGAUGCCCUCAGCCAGUGAGUAAAACAGCCUACAUCGAUGACAGCAUCGAAGGAAAACAGAUUUCGAAUUUGUCUUACUGAUGUUAAGUUAGGAGCAUUAUCUUUGGAAGGAAAGCAUAACGUAUCAUUGUGUAAAGUCCCAGGCUUGUUGGUAUCAGAGAUUAUUUCUGGAGGUUUCAGUGAAAGAAUUUGGCAUCGUAAGAUAGGUUGGACAUAUCAGACCAUCCAAAGUGUUCUGAGUUCUUAAAUCCAGGUGGAGAACUUGCCAUUUUUCCUGCUCUGUGGGUAGAUGUCUUAGACCUGGGGGGGCUUCUGGUUUGUAGUGACACAAGAGACCACAGAUGCGCCCACCUAGGCUGUGACUUGAAUGGCAACAGCACUUAGAAGAAUCAAAGUGUUUAGAGGGUGUGGCCGCUCUAGCCUGGGCUCAGUAGAUUCAAUAGUUUAGCCAUAACUGAAACUUAGCAUUUGCCAUCUGCCGCUGCACCGGCGUUCCAGUGUGCGUCUCUCAUUCGUAGGUUUGCCCCUGGGCCUCUACGUGCCCAAGCUGGCCUUCCAUCCCUAACAGAUCAGUAAUGUGCUGGCCACCUCCAUCCAGCUCCUGCUGCUUCUCCCAUGGCCUUUAUCAUGACACCAGGAUAUAAAGAGGAGUGCAGGGUUGUCCACACCCACCCCAGGGGGCAGGGCUGGUUUGGCUUCAGUCAUUUGUUUAUUUUCCAGGCAAAUCAUCCUGGAAAGAGUCUUCCUUUUAGGAGAGCUCUGAAGAGCCCAGCCCCUAUGGCUUAGAGCGCUUCCUGCUCAUUGCUGGUACAGCCCCCUCAUCCUGUACGAAACCUGGAUGCUUGGCUCUAACGUAGGAAGAGAUUCAGCUUUUCCAUUUUGCUACUACCUUCCCUUGAGCAGGAAAAUAAACAUGGACUUAAAUAUCCUUUGAACAAAACCAAAGUUUUAAGAUUUGCCACAUGAUGGAGUGACAGUGAGGGCCAGCCUUUCAGCACUGACACUCAGCAGGUGCCAGUGUUUGUGUUCCAUCUGCCACCAGUUUGCCCAGCUCAGGCAGCUCUGGGAGCACCGUCCUGCCUGAGCGGAGCCCAGGCCUUGCCCUCAUGGAGGAGAACCGAAAUAGCAGGAGCGUGUUGACUUCUUGGUUACGUCGCAUUAUAACAAGAAUCAGAGCGUGAAUUUGAAAUUGUCUGCAACAACUUGCUGUAUGCAUUUUUUCACACCAGUACAUUCUUAAGCAUCCUUGUUUAUAGAGAAUAACAUAAGCUAAUCUGUAUCUUUAUAUAUAUGUACAUAUAUACAUGUAUAAACUGUAUAGUGUACAUGGUAAUGAUUUAUUGAUAUGUCCCAAAUCUUUAAUGCCGUCCCCAUCCUCUGCAUGCCCUCGGUUUGUGGUCAGGUGACUUGAAUGUUCCCUGAUGACUGCCCACCUCCCGUGUUUGGACGUCUAGGAAGGAGGGUUUGAUCGUACCCUCCUCCUCCUUGUGCACAGAACUGCUCAGGGUCCCCAUGUGCCUGUUGUUCACCCUCUCGUCCCCUGUUCCCUUUCUGCGCAUGUGGUCCUUCCCUCUUCUCUAUCUUCUCUGCCUUUCCCCCAAGCUGUGGGACAACUGCCUUCCUACUAAAGUGUAAAGCAGUAUUAAGAUCAUUACUGCAUGUGCGUUACAAAACCAGUUUUCUGUUCCCUUGGGACAGAAAAUUGCAUGUGAGGUGGAAUAAUCAAGUCUCGAUGACCCAUGUCAGUUACACAACAAAGCCAGACCCCAUAAUAAAAUUUCCACAAAAUGGAAAUAAAACUCAAAUUUCUUUAGCAUUGUGUAAAUAAAUCUGGAUGUGUUUAACUUUGUACUGGUAAUUUUCUGUAUAUUUGCAAUAUUUGGGUUAGAAAUAAAACAGACGGGGACUUUGUUACCUGA